GGAAGAACAGCGGAUACAAAUCGCUCGGUCGUCUGUUUUGGACUUUUCAGGACGAUAUUGAUUAAGCUGGAAUACUUUUAUAAGGAACCCUUUUGAUUUCUGUGACCCGUGGACCCUUACGGACUAAAGGAAUAUAAAUAACGGAGGAAUGGAGGGAGAACCGGAGUUCUACAAGUCUAAACGGAAAUUCCAGUUUCUCCCGAACUCCCAGAGCAGGUUUGGGCAGUUCUCUUGUUUACCUUUUCACUGGCUCCGCCCCCUCUGCGCUGCCACUUCCUGAUCACCUUGGCCUGUUGGAGGUGAGCUGGUUCUGAGCUCACACAGGAGCAGCCUUCCCCUGCUUUGGGUUGGAGAAUCCCCCAGAGACCGGCAGCCAGAUAAAAUUUCUUCACUUGAAGACCGGCAGCCAAUCGGAGGCCUCCGUGUCUGGGACAAAGUCCUCUUUACUGAGUCAUUUAACUCUCCUUUCCUUCCCCUCCACCCCCUCUCGGAAUGGUUUAAUGUUACACCCUCUGCAAGGCUUUACCUGUCCAGGUGAAAUGCACUGUUGAAAGCGAACACUGCUCAUGAAGUCAUAUGUAAUGACCUCCUCACCGGAUCCUACAACACAUGCUGAGUCCAAAUGAGUAUCCAGGAGGAGAGUUUACAGCCUGAAGGCGCCAUGGCGAUGGCCGAAGCAUCGGCGCCACCUCUUUCCCCCUCAGACUAUGGACUACUGUCUCCGCCUCCUGACCUUUGUGCGGCGUGUGGCCACAGCCACCAGCUGGAGGAGAACCACGAGUACCUCUACAAAGACGAGGUGGACGACGACCUCGUGUGUCACAUCUGCCUGCAGGCGCUCAUCAGGCCGCUGGACACGCCCUGCGGACACACCUACUGCCAGGAGUGCCUCACCAGCUUCCUGCUGGAGAGCGACUUCUGCCCCGUGUGCCGCGCGCCCCUCAUGCUGCAGAGCUGCAGGAAGCCCAGCCUGCUGGUGCACAAGCUGCUGGACAAGCUGCCUGUGGCUUGCCCCUUCACUGACCAUUGUACUGAAGUUCUGGCCCGCGGCGAACUGGAAGACCACAUCAAGAGCAGGUGUAAAGGGGCAUCUCACUAUGGGCUCUCGGCGGACAGGAAGCGGCGCUCGCAGGAGGGCGAGUGCACCGACAGCACGUCAGAACUCACCAUCGCCACGCUGCCCAACGACAGCCCCACCUCCGCCGCCGUGGCCCUCCUGUCGGACGAGCCGGGGCUGGUCAACCCCGCCUUCGACCCCAGCAUGGAGGACAACAGCCAAUCAGGGAGCACGACCAGCCUGGCCGCACGCAGCAGCACCAAGAAGAUCAGAAACUUUGACCGGUCCUCGGUGAGGAGCCGCUCCUUCAGGAGGUUGAACCGGGCGUUCAGCGUCCUGCGGAGGACCAAGAGCGGCAACGCCGUGAGCCACGAGACGUCCGAGGAGAGAGACAACGCCAGGAACUCCACUGUGCCGCAGGAAGUGCUGGCUCUUCCUCAGCUCCAUCACCUGAUCCCUGACGGGGAACUCACCAGUAUUAAGAUCACACGGGUGGAAGCCUCAGAACCGCUGGCCAUCAGCAUCGUCGGCGGCAACGAGACCCCCUUGGUUCGCAUCCUCAUCCAGGACAUCUACAGGGAAGGUGUCAUUGCACGGGACGGACGCCUGCUGCCGGGGGACAUGAUCCUGAAGGUGAACGGCAUCGACAUCAGCAACGUCCCCCACUGCUACGCCAUGGCAACCCUCAAACAGCCGUGCCAACUCCUGCGACUAACCGUGCUCAGAGAACAGCGCCACCGCUACCGCUCGCACUCGCACAGCCACCCGCACGGCCACGGGCACGGCCACGACGGCGCGGGGGGCCACCCGUCGCACGGCCUUCCCCACCACCCCCUGAGGGACGACAGCAUCCACGUGGUCCUGAAUAAAAGCGCCCCAGAGGAGCAGCUGGGCAUUAAGCUGGUGAGGCGGCCGGAGGAACACGGGGUCUAUAUCUUCCACCUGCUGGAGGGCGGCCUGGCCGCUCGGGACGGACAGCUGUGUGUCGGAGACCGCGUGCUGGCCAUCAACGGACACGAUCUACGUUAUGGAGCACCAGAACACGCCGCCCUGCUCAUCCAGGCGAGCGAGGAGCGUGUCCACUUCAUAGUGUCUCGUCAGAUCUGCCUGCCUACGCCAGACAUCUUACAAGAGGCUCCGUGGGGCAUGGACGGCCCCCCACCUUAUUCCCCGGUGGAUAUAGAGCAAACACUGCUGGACUCGUGUCAGAAGCCAGCGUGCUACGAGAAGACGGUUACUCUGACCAAGGAACCCUACGACUCCCUGGGCAUGACGGUGGCGGGGGGCAUGUCCAGCCGAGGGUGGGACCUCCCCAUCUACGUCACAAACGUGGACGCUGACGGAGUGGUGGGACAGGAGGGCUCCAUCCGCAAAGGUGACAUCUUGCUAAACGUGAACGGGGUGGACUUGACGGGGGUGACGCGAGGCGAGGCCGUGGCCAACUUGAAAAACACCUCCUCUCCCGUUGUGCUCAAGGUCCUGGAGAUGCGUCCGCCCGACGAAAGCCUGCAAGAGUGCACGCCGCCGCCCUGCCUCACCCCCUCCCCCACAGACAGCAACAAGAGUCCACUGCCCAACGACGAUUACUCCCCACUGUGGGUGUCAUGGCUGCAGCUACCCAGGCAUCUGUACUGCUGCAAAGACAUCGUCCUGAGGCGGAGCACUUCGGGCAGCCUGGGCUUCAGCAUCGUGGGGGGUCAGGAGGAGGUCAACUGCAAUCAGUCUUUUUUUAUCCGCUCUAUCGUGGAGGGGACGCCGGCCUACAACGAUGGCAGGAUAAGGUGUGGGGACAUUCUGCUCGAGGUGAACGGGAAGAGCACGUGGGGGAUGACCCACACGGCACUGGUGCGCCUUCUGAAGGAGCUGCGGGGCAGAAUCACCCUGACCAUCGUCUCCUGGCCGGGCAGCCUGCUGUAGCAGCGCUCCGAGCCGGAGCGGGGAGCGCGGACGGUUGACCACCCUAAGCUUGCUGUGUGGGAGAAGCUUAGAAUAGUGCAGUAGCUGUAUGGAUGUCUCACUUCUGAUGGACAGCUGAGACUUUGCCAAGAGUUUGGAGAGGGACAAACAAAAGACUGGAUUGUUACCAGAGGUUAACUUGCCCCUCCGAGAAAGGCUGAACUGGGAGAAUCCAGGCCUGAGCCGCCUCUGACUGGGAUGUUGGGCGUUAUCUGUUGUUAUCUGGCACAGCAUCCUGUGAGUGGGAGGAGGGGGGGGUGGAUCGAGAGGAGACACAACACGUUGCCAAUUCCAGUAGUUAUAUAUUAGGGUAUGCGUUAAGUUGGACUCACAUUUCUUUACUGUAAAUGUUGGGUGUCUAAAAAAAGUACUGAUCCAAGCACUUGUAAUACGUUUGUUUUGUUUGUUUGUGGUAUGGCCUUUAAAUACAGGCUCCAUUCUGUUUGUACUGACGGUGGUUGUCAUCUUCAUCCGUUGACCUGAGGACACGUUGCCAAGUAGUCGUCUGUGUUGAGGUUCUUUUCUUUUAUUUCAGAAGCUAUGGCUAAAUUAUCAAACCACUGGCAAGAAAAAUAUAUAAAAAAAUAAAGGAUCAAUGUGUUCAUAACAUGUUAAAAUAAUAUUUAAUUAGGUGACAUUGUGGAGGCCUUACUAAUUUUCUUACUUUUAAGAAAAAAAACUGACUUGGUUUCUGUGUGUGGGUGGAUGGUCUGGGGCCCGUCUACUGUGGUUCUGUCUGUCACGCUUCGGCCUGUGUAGUAUAUCUGAUGGUAUAUUUGGUUUAAUGAUCAAUAAAGUCAUUGAAAAACA